UAGUUGCAACUAGGUCCAGGGCAGGUAGCUCAAAAUGGCCACUUUCCUCCAUGGGGGUGGCUCUGAGCUGGCUUCGUCCAAUAGGAAUGGUCAGGGGCGGGGUUGGGGUGGAGCAAGGCUGCCUAGACUUUGCGCCCUAUCAUAGGUCAGGGGAGAGACCAAUCGCGGUGAAGCUUGUUAGAACCAGCCCCCUAGCAACGCAAGGAGCGGCUUAGAAGGCUGAGUUUGUGGUAGUCAGUCUCUGCUGCUACACAAGCACCCCUCAUAGGAACUCAUAGGAACUGUGGCCUGCAGAAAUGGACAGCGACUUGACUAUGAACCCCGGAUAUCCGUCCGCCACUUCCAAAGGCCAGAUGAUGGAGGAGCGUGCCAACCUAAUGCACAUGAUGAAACUCAGCAUUAAGGUCUUACUCCAGUCUGCCCUGAGCCUGGGACGCAGCCUGGAUGCAGACCAUGCUCCCUUACAGCAGUUCUUUGUAGUGAUGGAGCAUUGCCUCAAGCAUGGGCUAAAAGUCAAGAAGAGUUUCAUUGGCCAAAAUAAAUCUUUCUUUGGUCCUUUGGAGCUGGUGGAAAAACUUUGCCCUGAAGCAUCAGAUAUAGCUACCAGUGUCAGGAAUCUUCCAGAACUAAAGACAGCCGUGGGAAGAGGCAGAGCGUGGCUUUAUCUUGCUCUCAUGCAAAAGAAACUGGCAGAUUAUCUGAAAGUCCUCAUAGACAACAAGCAUCUCCUAAGUGAGUUCUAUGAGCCUGAGGCCUUAAUGAUGGAGGAGGAAGGAAUGGUGAUUGUCGGUCUGCUGGUGGGGCUCAACGUUCUGGACGCCAAUCUCUGCUUAAAGGGAGAAGACCUGGAUUCUCAGGUCGGAGUGAUUGACUUUUCCCUCUAUCUGAAGGACGUGCAGGAUCUUGACAGCGGCAGAGAGCAUGAAAGAAUUACCGAUGUCCUUGAUCAGAAAAAUUACGUGGAGGAACUUAACCGGCACUUAAGCUGCACAGUUGGGGAUCUUCAAACCAAGAUAGAUGGCUUGGAAAAGACGAACUCAAAGCUUCAAGAAGAGCUUUCAGCUGCAACAGACCGAAUUUGUUCCCUACAAGAAGAACAGCAGCAGCUAAGAGAACAGAAUGAAUUAAUUCGAGAAAGAAGCGAGAAGAGUGUGGAGAUAACAAAACAGGACACCAAAGUUGAACUGGAGACUUAUAAGCAGACCCGGCAGGGCCUGGAUGAAAUGUACAGCGAUGUGUGGAAACAGCUGAAGGAGGAGAAGAAAGUCCGACUGGAACUAGAAAAGGAACUGGAGUUACAGAUUGGAAUGAAGACCGAGAUGGAAAUCGCCAUGAAGUUACUGGAGAAGGACACCCAUGAGAAGCAGGACACACUCGUUGCCCUCCGCCAGCAGCUGGAAGAAGUCAAAGCAAUUAAUUUACAGAUGUUUCACAAAGUUCAGAGUGCAGAGAGCAGUUUACAGCAGAAGGAUGAAGCCAUUGCAUCUUUUGAAGGAAAAACCACCCAAGUGAUGUCCAGCAUGAAACAAAUGGAGGAAAGGUUACAGCAGGCUGAGCGGGCCAGGCAAGGGGCAGAAGAGAGGAGCUACAAGCUGCAGCAGGAGCUCAGCGGGAGGGUCAGUGCCCUGCAGCUGCAGCUGUCCCAGCUGCGGGACCAAUGCUCAGGUCUAGAGAAAGAACUGAAGUCAGAAAAAGAACAAAGACAAACUCUUCAGAGAGAACUACAGCAUGAGAAAGACACCUCCUGUCUGCUGCAGACAGAGCUGCAGCAAGUGGAAGGCCUGAAGAAGGAGCUUCGGGAGCUCCAAGACGAGAAGGCAGAGUUGCGGAAGGUCUGUGAGGAACAGGAGCAAGCCCUCCAGGAAAUGGGACUGCACCUUAGCCAGUCCAAACUGAAGAUGGAGGACAUCAAGGAAGUAAACAAGGCUCUGAAGGGCCACACAUGGUUGAAAGAUGAUGAGGCAACACAUUGUAAGCAGUGUGAGAAGGACUUCUCCAUUUCCCGGAGGAAGCACCACUGCCGGAACUGUGGCCACAUUUUCUGCAACACCUGCUCUAGCAACGAGCUGGCUCUGCCCUCCUACCCUAAGCCAGUGCGUGUGUGUGACAGCUGCCAUACCCUGCUACUGCAGCGCUGCUCUUCCACAGCCUCCUGAAGCCAUCAGCCCUGCCAGCAGGGACCUUAGCCUGUUGACCUCCAUCCUCAAGAGUGGAGGGAGCCUCAGGUACAGUGCCAAACUUGGGAUCUCCAGAGACCUGCAGGGACCCAAGAGAAUCAAAGGAAAGAAUGAAGCCUUCACCAGGCCGUCAGCCUCUGAAGAGAGCGCCCAGUGGCGGCUGAGCACUUUCCAUGGCUUAUGUGGAGCCGGCUCCUGUAGAUACUUCGUGUCCUCGGUUAUGUCCUGGCUUUGGGACAGGUGCAAACUCACAAUUUUGCUAUGCCACUUUCACUCUUCGGAGGAUUGACCUGUUUUGCAGCAGUUUGCUAGUACAGAAUCCUCUUUCCUACCCGCGUCCCACAGAAACCUUGAUUUCUGCUGUGCUUUGAACCGUGUGGGUCUGUCAGCGUGCCUUGUCCGCUUCAGCACCCAGCAUUGGCCAUCAUGCCCCUGGCAACUCCUACUGUUAGCCCUGCAAUAAAGUCCUUUAUUUUUCACUCUUGUACAAA